AAAUUCUCAACUUCCGAACCGAGCCAAACAAGACAACAAUGUCAUUUUCUUUCUUCUGCAGCAUAUCACCCAUAGGGCCGUAAAGAAAGGAAAGGGCGUGUUUUAAUGGAUAAACCAAACAAAACGAUCACCAACACGAUACCCCCAGAUUCGGUUUCUUUGUAUUUGCUUCUGCUUCUUGUUGAGGGUGUUUCGUAGGUAUUUGGUGGUAAUGGCGGACUUGGAGAAGGGAGAGAAGGUGGAACUGCAGCUGAGAGAUAAGGAGGAUGACCAUGAGGAGAAGGAAAGGUUUAUUGAGGGAAUGGCGGUGCUCGACUUUGACAUGCUCUGCUCAACGGUGGCUUUGCAGACUCGGCAGGGAAAAUGGAGUAGCUUCGUGAGCGUUGGACAAGGCGAACAAGAAGAAGGAGUGGAGAUAGGCGGGGUCCUCAGGAUGUGGGAGGGUGAGGUCCUCGACUGCUUCCAGGACCGUCGUAUCGCUCUCGAAUCAGCUUGUUGUCCCUGCUACAGAUUUGGAAAGAACAUGAGAAGAGCUGGUUUUGGUUCUUGUUUUGUUCAGGGAUCCGUUUACUUCAUUCUCGUUGUUAGUGCUCUUCUGAACUGGAUUGCCUUUAUUGUCACCAAGCGGCACUGCUUUCUCUAUUUGGCACUUGCUUUAACCAUUUGUUUAGGGACAUAUUUGGGCUUUAUCCGCACACAGAUAAAGAAGAGAUUUAACAUCGGGGGCAGUGAUAGUUCCUUGGAUGAUUGCAUCUCCCAUCUUAUCUGCCCGUGCUGCAUGUUAUGCCAGGAGUCUAGAACAUUGGAGAUGAACAAUGUUCAAGAUGGAAUUUGGCAUGGUCGGGGUGACACGAUAUGCGUUGGUGGCUUUCAUGAAGGGAGCAAAGCGUUCUUUGAACUUAAUCAACCUUCUCCUGCAUCAAAAACGUCCCCUGAACCCUGCAGCAUGCAAAAAAGUGCAAAUGGGAGUGAUCAUGCUUCAAAUUAAGAACUUGGGCAUUCAGAUAUAUUGAUGUGCUGACCCCAAUAAUUAUCAGCCCUAUGAAUGAUGUCAGCUUCCUAUUUAAUUUCUUUGCUAAUAGAGAGAUGUAACGCAGGCUGCAUGGUGUUAGCCAGUUUGUUUUCAGGAUUUGGUGGUUGCUUGCAUAGGAGACUAAAGCUUUGCUCCACCGUGGGAGUGCAGGCUCCGUGGAUCUACAAUAUUGACCUGCACAAGGAAGGUGCUUGCAGGUACAGAAGCAUGUACAUAAAGGAAACAUGUUAGUGGGGGGCCUUACAGUCUCCCCAAUUCUCUACUAUUUCAGUGGUAACAAAUAUGAUUGUUAUUAGUGAAAUGGAGUUCAUGAUCAUCCAGCAUGCUGGGUUGAUUUGCUACUUGGUUUAUUUAGUCCGGAUUUGUUGAAUGGUUGAAUUUGGGACCAUUAGAUCAUGUAGCAUUCUUUGCAAUAAUGCCUACUUGGACCC